UGUGAGAGGAGCCCAGUUCGGGAAAAUCGUUCACAAAUUUAAAAGCCUCAAUGCCUAACCACCUCUCCUCCUCCAGCACAGUUUAAAAGCCUCCUUCUAUUCUGUUUAUUUGAUUCCCUAUCAACCUCCCAUUUUGUUUCUUCAGCUAGCUUCUCAAUUCCCAUCUCCACAACUCAUACCAUCUCACAAGUUCAUUCAAACGCAGCAGUGUUUGCUGCUAUUAUUUUCAGAGUUACAGAACUUUUGGAAGCAUCCAAGGUGGAGUGAACAAAUCGUCAAGAGCACAUGGGAAGACACUCUUGCUGUUACAAGCAGAAACUUAGGAAAGGCCUCUGGUCUCCCGAGGAAGACGAGAAGCUUCUCAAUUACAUCACCAAGCAUGGCCAUGGAUGUUGGAGCUCCGUCCCCAAACUCGCCGGCUUGCAGAGGUGCGGCAAGAGCUGCAGGUUGCGGUGGAUAAAUUACCUGAGGCCUGAUUUGAAAAGAGGAGCAUUCUCGCAGCAGGAAGAGGAUUUGAUUAUUGAACUCCACGUAGUCCUUGGCAACAGGUGGUCACAGAUUGCAGCUCAGUUACCCGGAAGAACUGACAAUGAGAUUAAAAAUCUAUGGAAUUCCUGCCUCAAGAAGAAGCUCAGGCAAAGAGGCAUUGACCCAAACACCCACAAGCCACUCUCUGAGGUUGAGAAUGACAAGGAGAAGGCCCCCUCAGCCGUCAAAAGCCAUCAUAAAGCCUCAGUGGCAUCCAAUGAACUGGGCGUAGCAGAGCCUGCGAAACCAAAGACAAAUGCAGUGCCUUCGGAGCGAUACCCAAUCCAAGUUCCUUCCGGCUCUAAGAUCAGCAAUAGCUGCACUAUUAGCAGCAAUCUGACCAAUGGCCGACCCACCCAGGAUUUGUUCCUUGAUAGCUCCAUUACCAGUUGUGGUCCUUCCGAUAUGAUGGGUUACUUCUCUUUUCAGCAGGUGAACUAUCCACCACAUGUUGGGCUAUCCGCAAACCCCAACGGCUCUCUUUGCUUCAUGUCAGGUUCCAGUUCCUCUCAGAUGAUGUCAGAGCUCAAUUCUAGUAUGACUCCCGCUAUGCUAAAUUCUGUGCCAAGCUCUAUUUUCCCGACAACACAUGUAAGUACCCCUGUUAGUCUCCAGUCUGAUAAUCCUUCCAUAUCCUCUGGCGAUAUUGAUGGGGUUCAGAACUGGGAAGCUGGUAUCCUUGCUAACAAUGGAAGCAAAAGCAAUGGGCGCAGUGGGAGUAUCCAAUUGCAUAGCAGCAAUAACUUCCUUGAGAACAACAGUUUAGUAGCAUGGGGAUUGGCAGACUCUGUGAAGGCUGAUAAAGAAGCUCAAGUACCUCCACAAGCAGAACAGGAAGAAAUUAAAUGGUCUGAGUAUCUGAGCACCCCAUUUUUCCUGGGAAACACAGCACAGAAUCAAAAUUGUCAAUCUAUUUACAGUGAGGUUAAACCAGAGACAGGCUUCAUAACAGAUGAAUCAAGUACCAGUUGGCACCAAACCCAGCAUCCGUCCGUUUUUCAAGCUUCAGACAUCUACGCCAAGGAUCUGCAAAGAUUCUCAGUGGCUUUUGGACAAACCCUGUAGUCUGUAUUUAACAUGUGCAAACUUUAAUUUCGACCAAAGAAAGAGGCACCGACAUUUCCAGUAUGAACUGAGUCCGAAAAAUUUCUCGUGAGUUCUGACUACAGGUGUGCGCUACAGAAAUUUCUUUUGUUUAUAUGUAAAUGUGUCUGAUACAAAAAAACUCUCGAGCAUUCUGUUACAGUAUAACAUUUGUGAUUGAUUUAAGCUUCUCUUUAUU